CGAGACGACUGAGGAUGCCUCCUUACCAUCAACUUCCAUUUUCCUACAAAAUCACCCUGCAAACUUUAAUCCUUUCCUAAUAUCUCCAAACUAAGCUGAACUCUCCCUAGAGGAAAAAAUCCAAUGGAGAAUUCAACUCAAGAAUCCCACCUCCGAUCCGACAACGCCGUAACCUACGAAUCACCCUACCCACUCUACGCCAUGGCCUUAUCUUCCACGCCCGCCGUCACCCAUCUCAACCACCAACGCAUCGCUCUCGGCAGUUUCAUCGAAGAUUACGCUAACAGAGUCCACAUAAUCUCUUUCGACCCUGAAUCACUUACCCUCACAACCCACCCAUCUUUGUCGUUCGACCACCCUUACCCACCCACCAAACUUAUGUUCCAACCCCACCGGAAAUCCCCUUUCUCUUCCUCCUCCGACCUCCUCGCUUCAUCCGGUGACUACCUCCGUCUCUGGGAAGUUGGGCACUCUUCUAUCGAACUUAUCUCCAUUCUCGACAAUAGCAAAACCAGCGAGUUUUCUGCUCCCUUAACUUCCUUCGAUUGGAACGACGUUGAACCCAAUAGAAUCGGAACAUCCAGCAUCGACACCACCUGCACCAUUUGGGACAUCGAAAAAGGCGUUGUGGAAACCCAAUUGAUUGCUCACGACAAAGAGGUUUAUGACAUCGCUUGGGGUGAAGCUAGAGUUUUCGGUUCCGUUUCCGCUGAUGGGUCCCUAAGGAUUUUCGAUUUAAGGGACAAAGAACACUCAACCAUCAUCUACGAAAGCCCUCAACCGGACACCCCUUUGUUAAGAUUAGCUUGGAACAAACAAGAUUUGAGGUAUAUGGCUACGACACUAAUGGAUAGCAAUAAAGUUGUGAUUUUGGACAUAAGGUCGCCUACUAUGCCGGUGGCUGAGUUGGAUAGACAUGGAGCCAGUGUCAAUGCGAUUGCUUGGGCUCCCCAGAGCUGUAAGCACAUUUGCUCUGCAGGGGAUGAUACGCAUGCCCUUAUUUGGGAGUUGCCAACUGUAGCUGGGCCUAACGGAAUCGGUCCUUUGUCUAUGUACUCGGCUAGUUCCGAAAUUAAUCAGUUGCAGUGGUCUGCUGCUCAGCCAGAUUGGAUUGCCAUUGCCUUCUCCAACAAAAUGCAGCUUCUCAAAGUUUGAGGUUUCCUGCUUGAAAUGUAUUCAACUCUCAUUUUUGUUGCAUAUAAUGCUCACGCUUGUAAUUAGGUGGGAGUUAAAAACUGUAGAAUCAGUUUUAUUGGCUGAUAAUUUUGUUAGUACUUUGUAAGACCAGCUUUAAUCUGCAAUUAUUUGUUAGGUCCUCACAACAAAUAUGAGACUCGAAUGCAUAUUUGGAUUUUGAUUGAA